AUGUUGCUCCGUGUGUUGAUGAUACUAGUGCACUAACCGAGCCUUAGAACAGAAAGAAAAAGAAUAAUGUAGCCGGUUGAUAGUGUUUCUGUAUAGUUUUAUAGGUUGACUGUGGAUUUGUUUAUCUCGGGUUUAGCUGAAGAAGCUGCAGGACUUACGGAGUACGCUACAAACAAACCAAUCACCUACCGAAAAUGGCGCUAGAUCGGCCAAACCAAGUGAGGACAUCGCAAACUAAGAUGUUCCAAGAUAUGCAACCUACAAUAUUUAGCUCCAGCAAAAGCAAGGGCUUACCAGGCCUGCCACCUCUGCCCUCUUCAGAGCAAGAUGCCUCUGAUCUUUACCAGAUUGUUCUGAGGAAUAGCCAGCAUCCUCCAAUCAUGAAAGGUACAUCCUGGACUUUGGCAUCCCCUUUUAAAGAGGACAGAUUCCAUAGAUCUCCCAGUGAAUCCAUCGGCAACAAUUACACACCAACUGCGUCCAACCUCAAGUUGAGAGAUAUACCAAAGAUGACAAGAGCUAAGACAAAAAUGGAAAUUGGGAAGAAAAGUCCCAGGCAGUCUAAAGAAUUCUCUCGAAUGAAGACAACGCUUGGACACAGCGCAUCUGUUAUACCCCCUGUAGUCACCAAUGGAACUUCUGCUGCUGAUGACACUGAAGAACCUCUGCCUCCUAGUCGUCCCAUGAGUCCUAUGGAACAGCAGAACAUCAUGCUGAGUAGAGAGAAACAAGAGCUAGAUCUCACUGGGGAACCUUCUGACAGAGAUCAGGAGCGAUAUUACUUCUACAUACAACAAGGUAUCCAGAAGAACAUGUUGGCUCCUCAGCCCCCUGAACAGAUGAAAAAGAUCAAACAGCUGGUACCUAAUGCCCUGCUCUCAAACUCUGACCUGGACCUCAGUGUGCAAACUCUGACUGAGGAGAUUGAUGAAGAUUACGAACACAGCCUGCGGAAAUCCAUUGUCGACUACAUUCUGAAAGAUCCAGAGGAAAAGAACAGACUUCAUAUCUCACAAACCCCAAAAUCUUUCCCUCAAAGGAUAAUCCGAGCUCCAAUUCCAUGGCAUGACACUUAUGUGCAGGCCAAGGAAUUCAACUAUAAACAUUUGUUUAUCAAUAAUGGCAUCAUGCAGGAGUUAAGAAACAUCUGGUCCGAUCAGUUCUCCCAGCUGAGAUUUGUCAAUCUCCAGGAAUUGCUGGCUGCUGAUCUUCCUCUCCUACCCACAGAGUUUGAAUCUCUAGUGAAAAAACAAUGCUGGGAAUCACAUGAAGUUCUCAGGAAAAGCUGGAUUCCCACAUGUGCAAAGAUGUGUUUGGACAAGAAGGACUUGUGGCACCAUCUUUUGCCACAGUAUAACUCCCAGUCUGAAGAGUUCAUCAGAGGGUUCUUCUCCACAGUUGCCUCCCUUAUGUCCCUACAGCUCAGGGAAAUGGUUAUUAACUCUCUGGCUGACUUCCUGGCAUUCUUUGAAAUUCACGAGACAGGGAAUGAUUUUGGGGAAGAGUUUGACGAGCUCCAGUAUGUGAUGUCCCAGGUGAUGAUCAUCAAACUAAGAGUUGAGGAGCCAAAGAUUGUCUUUGAUCCUCCUUUCCGAGAUAUCAGAGAUAUUAUCCUCCGAUGCUUCUCUGAGAUCAUUGCCAGUGCUGAUGGGUUAACCAGGGUGGAGUGUGAAAUAUUCCCGGAAAUAAGAGGUCAAAGGCUACUCUUGAGGUCUGUCAAAAUUGAAGAGACUUUGGUGACAGACUAUGUGGACAAAGCCAUGGAGAUUUUCAAACUGAACACUGUUGGACCACAAAAGUAUUUGAACUUGUACAAGAAAUACUCAGAUCUUCUGAAUGGCAAAGCUGACCAAGAAGUUACAGCUUUUUUGAAAGAGACACAUUCCAUACAGGCCUUCAAAAAUAAAAUCAUGGGAUAUGACAGUUUGAAGACAGAAAUUGCUUUGUUGAGGAUUACAGUCCCCUUGAGCAUGUUCUGUUUGGAUUGUCUGACCCUGAAUGCUGACCUGUGUGUGAAGGCUGGGCAGCUCAGGGAGAGAGUGAUACAGUUUGAGGUGGACCAGAACAGGGAUCUCAACAGAGCAAUUUGUCGAAAGUAUGAUGAGAUGGCAGACACAGUGAGUGAUGUACCGGACACUACAAAAGACUUGGUGGAAACUCAGGAGUACCUGAAAGAAUCUGUCGACAUAACUGUGUACAAACUGAAGGAAGACACAGAUGAGGCUGCCACACGACUUAUGUUUCUACUGGACUAUGCUAUCCUACCAUUUGAGGAUAUCAAGCUGAACAGCACAGUAUUUCACUGGCCAGAGCAUAUCCGGACUGUGUUUGAUCUCAGUCAGAAUCGGCUACAGAGCAAGAGAGAGGCCAUUGAGGAUGAACUGAAGAAGAAAGUUUCUGCUUUUGAAGAUAAACUCAAUGAGUAUUACAAAGAGGUGGAAUCUUUCAGAAAGAAAGAGAUAAUGAGUUCAGACGAGAUGAAGUCUAAUGUGGAACAACUGGCCAAACUACAGGAGAAUCUAGAGGCAGCCAGAUUAGAGCUGGAGUCAAUCAAUGAGGAGGAGUCGCUAUUGGAAUGGGAACCCACUGCCUUCCCACAGCUUCAGCAGAUGUUCCAAAUGAAGGAUCCAUAUGAUAAGCUCUGGAACACUGCCUACACAUUCCACAAUAAACAGGAGCAAUGGAUGAAUGGACCAUUCACAAAUCUCAAUGCUGAAGAGAUUGAGACAGAGGUUGGGGACAUGUGGCGUACCAUGUACAAGUUGACCAAAUCCUUCUCUGAUCAACAAGGCCCUAGAAGGAUAGCAGAUAGCGUCAAAGGGAAGAUAGACAAGUUCAAACAGCAUUUGCCUAUACUUCAAACCAUCUGCAACCCGGGUAUCAGAGACAGGCACUGGGAGGCUAUGAGUGACAUUGUAGGCUUUGACCUGAAACCUCAGCCUGACACAUCUCUGUUCCACAUGUUAGACUAUGGCCUUGGAAAACAUCUUGCUAGAUUGGAGGAGAUUGGAGCAGCAGCAGCCAAGGAAUACUCUCUGGAGAAGGCAUUGGAAAAGAUGAAGACAGAAUGGAAGCCAAUGAGCUUUGAUAUGACACCAUACAGAGAAACUGGAGUUUCUAUCUUGUCUUCUGUUGAUGAGAUCCAGCUACUUCUGGAUGACCACAUUGUCAAGGCUCAGACCAUGAGAGGCUCACCCUUCAUCAAGCCAUUUGAAGUAGAAAUGAAGGAAUGGGAAGAAAAACUCCUUCUCAUGCAGGACAUCUUAGAUGCCUGGUUGAAGUGUCAAGCCACCUGGCUUUACUUGGAGCCUAUCUUCAGCUCUGAGGACAUCAUGAUGCAGAUGCCUGAAGAAGGAAAGAAAUUUGGCAUAGUGGACAGUUACUGGAGGGACAUCAUGACAGAGGCAAUUAAAGACACUAACUGUCUGGUGGCGACAUCACAACCUAACAUGAUUGGCAGGCUAAAUGAGGCCAAUGUGCUUUUGGAUGAGAUUCAAAAGGGAUUGAAUGCUUAUCUGGAGAAGAAGCGUCUCUAUUUCCCAAGGUUUUUCUUCUUAUCUAAUGAUGAACUGCUGGAGAUCCUGUCAGAGACCAAAGACCCAUUAAGAGUUCAGCCUCAUCUGAAGAAAUGUUUUGAAGGUAUCAGUAAGCUGGAGUUCACGGAACAACAGGAAAUUGUUGGAAUGGUUUCAGCUGAAAAUGAAACAGUUCCAUUUAACAAUAAGAUCUUCCCUGCAAAAGCCAAGGGUAUGGUGGAGAAGUGGCUGCUUCAAGUGGAAGACACCAUGUUGAGCAGUCUGAGGAAGGUGAUAUACGACUCCACUCAAGCUUACAGUUCCACCCCCAGGAAGAAGUGGGUAUUGGAUUGGCCUGGCCAGGUUGUCCUCUGUGUCAGUCAGAUCUUCUGGACUAUUGAGGGAGCAGAGGCCAUGAAGGAGAAAGAUGGAAUGAAGAAAUUCCUGGAAAAGAACAAGAAUCAAAUUGAUGAGAUUGUACAGCUGGUCAGAAGCAAAUUGGAGAGUGGCCACAGGAUUACUUUGGGAGCCCUGACAGUCAUUGAUGUCCAUGCUCGAGAUGUGGUGGCCACUUUUGUGGAAGAAGAUGUUAAGAACACCACAGACUUCCAGUGGUUGUCUCAGCUUAGGUACUACUGGGAGAAUGAUGUGAUAGUGCGUAUGAUCACCACAGACUGUAACUAUGGGUAUGAAUAUCUGGGCAACACCCCCAGACUGGUCAUCACUCCCCUCACCGAUAGGUGUUACAGAACCUUGAUGGGAGCCCUGAAGUUAAAUCUUGGUGGAGCACCAGAGGGGCCUGCUGGGACUGGUAAAACUGAAACCUGUAAGGAUUUGGCUAAAGCUGUGGCUAAACAGUGUGUUGUGUUCAACUGCUCCGAUGGUCUUGACUACAAGGCCAUGGGCAAGUUCUUCAAGGGUCUUGCUCAGGCUGGGGCCUGGGCGUGUUUUGAUGAGUUUAACCGUAUAGAGCUGGAGGUGUUGUCCGUGGUGGCCCAGCAGAUCCACAGCAUCCAGAAAGCCAUCGCGGCUAAGCUGAAGAAGUUCAUGUUUGAGGGUACUGAGCUGUCUCUGAACCCAAGCUGUACUAUGUUCAUCACCAUGAACCCUGGUUAUGCCGGGAGACAAGAGCUGCCAGACAAUCUCAAGGUGUUAUUCAGAACAGUAGCCAUGAUGGUGCCAGAUUAUGCCAUGAUUGGUGAGAUUGUCCUCUACUCUAUGGGAUUUAGCGAUUCCAAGAGUUUGGCCGGAAAGAUUGUAGCUACGUACAAGUUGUGUUCAGAGCAGUUGUCGUCUCAGCACCACUACGAUUAUGGAAUGAGAGCUGUCAAGUCAGUGUUGACUGCAGCAGGAAAUCUCAAACUGAAGUACAUGGAGGAGGAUGAAGCUGUUUUACUCCUCAAAGCCAUCAAUGAUGUCAACUUACCAAAGUUUUUGUCACAGGAUGUGCCGUUGUUUGGUGGUAUUAUCUCUGACUUGUUCCCUGGCAUUAACUUACCCAAACCAGAUUAUGAUGUCUUCCUGGAUGCUCUUAAACAGAACAUUGCCAAGCGCAAACUACAGCCAGUUCCUUGGUUCAUUGACAAGAUCAUUCAGAUAUACGAGAUGAUCCUUGUACGUCAUGGUUUGAUGAUAGUGGGUGAGCCUCUAGGAGGGAAGACCAUGGCUUACCAGUGUCUGGCUGAUGCACUGGGAGACCUACACCUGGCAGGCCUGAUGGAUGAGUUCAGAGUCAUCCACAGGGUUAUCAACCCCAAGUCCAUCACCAUGGGACAGCUGUAUGGCUGCUUUGACCCUGUAUCACACGAAUGGACUGAUGGUGUUCUGGCCAAUACUUUUCGUGAGUACGCUAGUAACCCAAGUGUUGACAGGAAGUGGAUUCUGUUUGAUGGCCCUGUGGAUGCUGUGUGGAUUGAGAACAUGAACACUGUACUGGAUGACAAUAAGAAGUUGUGUCUGAUGAGCGGUGAGAUCAUACAAAUGAGCAACAAGAUGAACCUGAUCUUUGAGCCGGCUGACUUGGAGCAGGCUUCCCCAGCCACAGUCAGUCGCUGCGGUAUGAUCUACAUGGAGCCCACCCAGAUGGGCUGGAAACCAAUGAAGGAGUCAUACAUGCAGCAUGAGUUACCAGCCAACCUGACACAGGAGCACAGGGAGCUGGUAGAUGACCUGUUUGAGUGGCUGGUUCAGCCCUGCCUGGACUUCAUCUCCCACAACUGUCGUCUCUUCAUCCAGACCUCCCACAUGCACAUGGUGUUUACUCUACAGCGCAUGUACUCCUGUUUGAUGGAUGAGAUCAUUGCUGAUGGUGCCAAAAGUCAUGACCCUGAUGACCCAGAUCGAGGGGAGACCUUAACCAACUCACAGAUCAUGCUGUGGCUGCAAGGCCUGUUCCUGUUCUCUGCGGUGUGGUCACUUGGAGGCUGUCUACAGGGUGACAGCAGGAAGAAGUUUGACACCUUCUUCAGGAACAUAAUCAGUGGCACCAAUAAUGAGCACCCCAAACCCAAGAGCAUCAAAAUAACAAAGAGCAACUCCAUCCCAGAGAGAGGCAGUGUCUAUGACUUCUGCUUUGAGAAGAAAGGCACUGGAAACUGGGUGGAAUGGAUGACCACUGUUGACAAAGCCUCACAGGUCAUUCCGCCGACUGCCAAGGUCAGCGAUCUGAUCAUCCCCACCUCAGAGACAGCCAGACAGGUGUACUUCCUCCAGUUGUACCUCACACACGAGAUCCCCUUGCUGUUUGUGGGUCCUACAGGAACAGGCAAAUCAGCCAUCACCAAUGGUUACCUCAUCAACCUGCCCAAAGACACAUAUGUGCCCAAUUGCCUGAACUUCUCCGCCAGAACAUCAGCUAAUCAAACACAAGACAUCAUUAUGUCUAAACUUGACAGGAGGAGAAAAGGUGUGUUUGGACCCCCAAUGGGCAAAAAGAGUGUGGUCUUUGUGGAUGAUCUCAGUAUGCCAGCCAAAGAGAAGUAUGGAGCCCAACCACCCAUUGAGCUGCUUAGGCACUGGGUAGACCAUGGGCACUGGUACGACAAGAAGGAUACCUCCAAGAUCUUCAUGGUUGAUGUGCUGUUUGUGUCGGCUAUGGGACCCCCUGGUGGAGGAAGGAAUGACAUCACUAGCCGCUUCACUCGUCACAUGAACCUCGUCUCCAUAGAUGAGUUCGAUGAUGCGACCAUGUCCAGGAUUUUCAACUCUAUAGCAGACUGGCACUUCGGCAAAGGAUUUGAUGGCUCCUUCUCUAGGCUUGGAAGGAUGAUGGUCCAGGCCACCAUGGGUGUGUACAAGGAGGCUAUCACGAACUUCCUGCCUACUCCCAGUAAGAGUCACUAUGUGUUCAAUCUGCGAGACUUUGCCCGCGUGAUCCGUGGUGUACUUCUAGUGCCAGCCUCUUGUAUGACAGAGGGGGACAAGCUGAUCAGGCUCUGGGUACAUGAGGUCUACAGGGUCUUCUAUGAUCGGCUCAUCGAUGAGACAGACAGGGUGACAUUCUUCAACAUUGUGAAGGAGGAAUGUAGUCACCACUUCAAGCAGACCAUAGAUAAAAUUCUAGGUUACCUGACAAAGAGUGGCCAUGUCAUUGAUGACAAUAUCCGCAGCUUGUUCUUUGGGGAUUACAUGGACAAGGACUCCGUAGAGCGGGUGUACGAUGAGGUCACAGACCUGAAGGAACUCACAGCCGUCAUGGAACACUACCUGGAUGAAUACAAUAUCAUCAGUAAAGCACCCAUGAGACUCGUCAUGUUCAAGUUUGCCAUUGAACACAUCUCCCGAGUUAGCCGAGUUCUCAAACAGGACAAUGGACAUGCACUGUUAAUCGGUAUGGGAGGCAGUGGUCGACAGAGUGCCACAAAGCUGGCAGGAUUCAUGGCUGACUACGAACUGUUCCAGAUUGAGAUUACCAAAAACUAUUCCAUAGCUGACUGGAGAGAUGACCUGAAAAGGUUGUUGCUAAAGGCCGGAGCUGAGGGAGUGCGCACAGUGUUCCUCUUCUCUGACAACCAGAUCAAGGACGAGUCAUUCAUGGAGGACAUCAGUAUGAUCUUGAACACAGGGGAUGUGCCCAAUUUGUACCCGGCAGACGAGAAAGCUGAGAUCAUUGAGAAGAUGCAGGGAGCUGCAAGGGCAGAGGGUAAGAAGAUAGAAGCCACACCUCUGGCCAUGUACAACUACUUUAUAGACCGUGUCAGACAGAAUCUCCAUGUGGUGUUAGCCAUGAGUCCUAUUGGAGAUGCCUUCAGGAACAGGCUCAGGAUGUUCCCCUCACUCAUCAACUGCUGUACAAUUGACUGGUUCACCGCGUGGCCAUCAGAUGCUUUGGAGAUGGUGGCCAACAAGUUCUUAGAGGAGGUGGACAUGGAGGACAGCGUUAGACUGGCUUGUGUGACAAUGUGUAAACACUUCCAUGAAAGUGUCAGACAAGCUUCUGAGAGAUACUUUGCCCUGUUGAGACGUCACAACUACGUCACCCCAACAUCUUAUCUUGAGCUGAUCCUCACCUUCAAGUCUCUGCUAGAUGUAAAGCGUGAGGAGAUCUCCAUGUUAAGGAACAGGUACCUGAAGGGUCUGGAGAAGCUGCAGUUUGCUGCCUCCCAGGUGUCCAUCAUGCAGCAGGAGUUACAGGACCUCCACCCAGAGUUGGUGAAAACCUCAGAGGAGACAGAGAAACUCAUGAUCAAAAUUGAACAAGAUACUGUGGAGGUUGAGGCUAAGAAAGAGGUAGUGGCUGCUGAUGAGGCUAUAGCUAAUGAGGCUGCUGCGGCUGCCCAAGCUAUUAAGGAUGAGUGUGAAGGGGACUUGGCUGAGGCUGUGCCUGCCCUUGAGGCUGCCAUCAGGGCCCUGAACACACUCAAACCCCAGGACAUCACCAUGGUCAAAGCCAUGAAGAAUCCCCCCAAUAUUGUGAAGCUGGUAAUGGAGUCAGUGUGUGUGAUGUUGAGUGUGAAGUCAGAGAGGAAGCCAGACCCUGGUGGCUCAGGGAAGAUGGUGGAGGACUACUGGGGACCAUCCAUGAAGCUCCUCGGAGAUCUAAAAUUCCUGGAUCGACUCAAAACCUAUGACAAAGACAACAUUGCUCCAGCGAUUAUGAAAAAAAUCAGAGAAAAGUAUAUAACAAACUCUGACUUUGACCCAUCUAUUGUGAAGAAUGCCUCUGCAGCUUGUGAGGGCAUGUGUAGCUGGGUGAGGGCCAUGGAUGUGUAUGACAGAGUGGCCAAGGUUGUCGCCCCAAAGAAACUUAAGUUAGCAGAGGCGGAGUCUGAGUUGGCUAUGCAAAUGGAGAAACUGAAUGAGAAGAGAGCUCAGUUACAGGAGGUGACAGACAAGCUGCAGUCUCUCAAUGAUGAAUUUGAGGCGAUGACUCAAAAGAAGAAAGAGCUGGAGGAUAACAUAGAUCUAUGUCAGAAGAAAUUGGAGAGAGCUGAGAAGCUGAUCGGAGGUCUGGGUGGGGAGAAGGACAGGUGGACAGAGGCUGCCAAGACCUUGGGGGAGAAGUACAUCAACAUCAUGGGGGAUGUGUUACUGUCAUCAGGGCUGGUGGCUUACUUGGGAGCAUUCACUGUGGACUUCAGACAGGAAAUCACCAAGGACUGGCACAACAUGUGUGUGGAGAAGAAGAUACCGUGUUCACCAGUGUUCUCCCUGAAUGCUACACUGGGUGACCCUGUCAAGAUACGAGCCUGGCAGAUUGCUGGUUUACCAGUGGAUGCCUUCAGUAUUGAUAAUGGUAUUGUUGUCUCCAACUCCAGACGAUGGCCCCUCAUGAUAGAUCCACAAGGCCAAGCCAACAAGUGGGUUAAGAAUAUGGAGAGAAACAAUCAGCUGGGCAUUAUCAAGCUGUCUGAUGCUAACUAUGUGAGGACCCUAGAGAACUCUAUCCAGUUUGGUUACCCUGUCCUUCUGGAGAAUGUGGCUGAAGAAUUGGACCCACUGUUAGAGCCCAUCCUACAGAAGCUCACCUUCAAACAGCAAGGGGUGGAGUACAUCCGAUUGGGAGACAGUGUGAUAGAAUACUCAUCAGACUUCAGAUUCUUUAUUACCACUAGACUAAGGAAUCCACAUUACUUACCUGAGGUCUCCGUCAAGGUGUGCCUGCUGAACUUCAUGAUCACCCCACAAGGUUUACAGGAUCAGCUGUUAGGUAUUGUGGCAGCCAAGGAGAAGCCAGAACUAGAGGAGAAAAAGAACCAGCUGAUUCUGGAAGGAGCAGAAAAUAAGAAGCAGUUAAAGGAAAUAGAAGACAAGAUCCUAGAAGUCUUGUCAAGCUCUCAGGGUAACAUCCUGGAAGAUGAGACAGCCAUCAAGGUACUGUCUUCCUCCAAGACCCUAUCUGAAGAGAUCUCUGCCAAACAGGAGAUUGCGGCAGCCACAGAGAAAGAGAUUGACGAGACAAGGAAUGGUUAUGAGCCUGUGGCUGUCCACUCCUCUAUCUUGUUCUUCUGUAUCACAGACCUGGCCAACAUUGAGCCUAUGUACCAGUACUCUCUCACAUGGUUCAUCAACCUCUAUCUGCAGUCCAUCGUCAACAGUGUUCCAUCUUCUGACCUGGAGGAAAGGAUCAGCAAUCUCAAUGAGCAUUUUACUGACAGUAUCUACAAGAAUGUCUGUCGCUCAUUGUUUGAGAAAGACAAGUUACUCUUCUCCUGCAUUCUGUGUGUUGGAAUCAUGAAAGGGCAAAACAAGAUCGAUGAUGAGGUAUGGAGGUUCCUGUUAACUGGGGGUGUGGCUCUGGAGAAUCCUUACCCUAACCCAGCUCCAGAGUGGCUAGGAGACAAAUCCUGGUCAGAAAUAGUGCGAGCUUCAAACCUCAAGAAUCUGAAAGGAUUUAAAGAGCAUGUGGAAGGCUACAUCCACCAGUGGAAAGAGAUGUACGACUCUGGCCAGCCACAAGAACACAAGCUGCCUGCCCCCUUUGAUUGCCUGACUGGUCUGGACAAAAUGGUCAUUCUGCGGUGCUUCCGUCCUGACAAGAUGGUGCCCGCCGUCCAGGAAUUCAUCAUUGACAACAUUGGCCAGUCAUUUAUUGAACCCCCUACAUUUGAUCUUGCUGGGUCCUUUGCUGAUUCCAACUGCUGUGCUCCACUGAUCUUUGUACUGUCACCUGGGGCUGAUCCUAUGGCCUCGCUGCUCAAGUUUGGAGAGGAUAAAGGUUACACUGGUAACCGCAUACAGACCAUCUCCCUGGGCCAGGGACAGGGCCCUAUAGCGGCUAAAAUGAUCGACAGUGCCCUGAAGGAUGGAACAUGGGUGGUCUUACAGAACUGUCACCUGGCCACAAGCUGGAUGUCUAAGCUGGAGAAGAUCUGUGAAGAGGUGAUUAUCCCAGAGAGCACUCACACAGAUUUCCGCCUGUGGUUAACUAGUUACCCAUCUGAUGAAUUCCCCGUGUCUAUUCUGCAAAAUGGUGUCAAGAUGACAAAUGAGCCUCCCAAAGGAUUGAGAGCAAACCUGCUGAGGUCAUACCUCAAUGACCCUAUCUCAGACCCAGCCUUCUUUAACAGUUGUAACAAGCCAGAGCCCUGGCACAAGAUGCUGUUUGGCCUGUGCUUCUUCCAUGCUCUGGUACAGGAGAGGAGGAAGUUUGGGCCUCUAGGCUGGAACAUUCCAUACGAGUUCAACGAGUCAGACUUACGUAUCAGCUUAAGACAAAUGCUGAUGUUCCUGAAUGAGUAUGAUGAGUUACAGCUGACGGCCUUGACCUAUCUGACAGGAGAGUGUAACUAUGGCGGUCGUGUGACAGACGACAAGGAUAGGAGGCUCCUCAUGUCCAUUCUCUCUGUCUUCUACAACAAGGCAGUUGUGGAAGAUGAUAGCUACAAGUUCUCCCAAAGUGGUUUGUAUUAUGCCCCCAAGGAGGGGGACUACCAGAGCUAUAUAGACUACAUCCGUAGCUUCCCGCUCAUCCCCAACCCUGAAGUGUUUGGUCUGCAUGAGAACGCUGACAUUACCAAGGAUAACCAAGAAACACAGCAGCUGUUUGACAACAUCUUACUGACCCUGCCCCGUCAGACUGGGGGUGGCGGAAAGUCAUCAGGAGAGGUUAUCCAGGAUUUGGCAGCUGAUAUCCUCUCCAAGCUACCCAAUGAUUACGAUUUGGAAAAGGUGAUGAAGAAAUACCCUGUACUGUACAAUGAGUCUAUGAACACAGUACUGAGACAAGAGUUGAUUCGCUUUAACCGCCUGACGGCCGUGGUGAGAAGCACGUUACAGAACUUACAGAAGGCCAUCAAAGGUUUGGUGGUCAUGUCAUCUGAGCUGGAGGAGGUGUUUAACAGUAUGCUGGUGGGGAAGCUUCCAGCCGUGUGGGCAGCCAAGUCCUACCCAUCCCUCAAACCACUCGGCAGCUACAUCUCAGAUCUGCUGCAAAGGUUGAAAUUUUUCUCUGACUGGAUAGAUGCAGGGGCCCCGCCAUCAUUCUGGCUGUCUGGUUUCUACUUCACCCAGUCCUUCUUAACAGGCGUGUCUCAGAACUAUGCCAGAAAGUACACCAUUCCUAUUGAUGAGAUUGGAUUUGAGUUUGAGGUGAUGAAGCUGGAGAAAUCUGACAUUAGCGAGAAACCAGAAGAUGGAGCAUUUGUCUAUGGUCUGUUCCUUGAAGGCGCUCGCUGGGACAAAGAGACUAUGCUUAUAGGAGAGUCACUACCAAAGAUUCUCUUUGAUCCCUUACCUAUUAUCUGGCUUAAGCCAAGCCAAGUGUCCAAGUUCAAGAAGGUGCCCGCCUAUCCUACUCCAGUGUACAAGACAAGUGCCCGCAGAGGAGUGCUAUCCACGACAGGCCACUCAACCAACUUUGUCCUCUUCAUCCAGUUACCCACAGACAAACCUAUCAGCCACUGGAUCAACCGGGGCGUGGCAGCUCUUUGUCAGCUAGAUGACUAGUGUGGAAACCUGUAG